AUGAGCGGGACUUUAGCAAAGAUCGCGGAGAUCGAAGCCGAGGUAAGAGGUUUUGAUGUGGCCAAGACAGGUGAUGCUCGAAUUGGGUUUGUUGGUUUUCCAUCUGUGGGGAAGUCAACACUACUAAGUAACCUGGCGGGAGUAUAUUCUGAGGUGGCAGCCUAUGAGUUCACUACUCUGACCACUGUGCCUGGUGUCAUCAGAUACAAAGGUGCCAAGAUCCAGCUCUUGGAUCUUCCAGGGAUUAUUGAAGGCGCCAAGGAUGGGAAAGGUAGAGGCCGUCAAGUCAUUGCAGUGGCUCGAACAUGUAAUUUGAUUUUGAUUGUUUUGGAUGUCCUGAAGCCCUUGGGACAUAAGAAAAUCAUUGAAAAUGAGUUGGAAGGCUUUGGCAUUCGCUUGAACAGCAAACCUCCCAAUAUUGGCUUUAAGAAGAAAGACAAAGGAGGCAUUAAUCUUACAGCCACUUGCCCUCAAAGUGAGCUGGAUGCUGAAACUGUGAAGAGCAUUCUGGCUGAAUACAAAAUUCACAAUGCUGAUGUGACUUUGCGGAGCGAUGCCACCGCUGAUGACCUCAUUGAUGUGGUAGAAGGAAACAGAGUUUAUAUCCCUUGUAUCUAUGUGUUAAAUAAGAUCGAUCAGAUCUCCAUUGAGGAAUUGGAUAUUAUCUACAAGGUACCACACUGUGUACCCAUCUCUGCCCAUCACCGCUGGAAUUUUGAUGACCUGUUGGAAAAGAUCUGGGAUUAUUUGAAACUAGUGAGAAUUUACACUAAACCCAAAGGCCAGUUACCAGAUUAUACAUCUCCAGUGGUUUUGCCUUACUCCAGGACCACAGUGGAGGAUUUCUGCAUGAAGAUUCACAAAAAUCUUAUCAAGGAAUUCAAAUAUGCUCUGGUCUGGGGUCUCUCUGUGAAACAUAACCCUCAAAAAGUCGGUAAAGAUCAUACGUUGGAGGAUGAAGAUGUCAUUCAGAUUGUAAAGAAGUGAAACCUCUUCAUGAUCUGCUGGACCCGCAGCAGCUUUCCCUAUAGCCAAGCUCCCCCUCAGGUCUUCUGGAUACAGAAACGGGGGUGGGUGGGAGAUAAGGCAUCCAAACUGGAACACCACCUGUCUCACCUUGGUGUCACCUUCCCUGUUGAACUGCAUAAAGGAUCUGGUAGGCCUCUUGGCUAGGCGCA